AUGCGAGAGGAGCUAGACCUUGGACUCGAACCGGCCAAGGGCGCAGAGGUCCCCCAGGCGGGUACCGAUUCCUAUCUCCAGCUUCUGGCGUCACCCCUGGUGUCGCGAUCCCCAUCCUCGGUUCAGGAGGAUCCGGAAGAAGUGCCCGACAUGGAUCUGUCGGAGGAGACGGUGGCCGAGGGGCCAAUCGCGUACGUGUCCCUCUCGUCGGAGAGUGAGGAGGACGACGGGGGUGAGACGGUCACCCCGGAGGUGUCCUCGGAUGAAGACGAAAGAGACCGGAUCGCGAGGGCCAGGAUACGAUAUCGUAGCGUGCGGCGGGCGACGCAGGACCACGGCCGGAUCCGCCUUGUAGACGCGAUGCCGUCGCGGGACCUGGAGGAGUUGCUCGAGUUCGCGAACUCGCGGAACGCCACGCUGCGACGGUUUGAGCGCAUGGUGCCGCAGCCACCGUUGCCGCCAACACCCCCGCCGCCAUCGCAGCCCCCCCCGACGCCGCAGCCACCGUCGCCGGUGCCACAACAACAGGAGCAGCCACAGCCACCGACGCCGCCGCCGGCGCAGCCGCAUCCACCACCACGCACACCGACACCGCCGCCAGCACCAUCGACGCCGCCACCCCAGGAUGAGGAGGGGCCCCGGUGA